AUGGAGAACUACCGACCGCUUAUAGGUACGGACAUAAGUGAUCUAGACACGCCAUGCCUGCUAAUUGAUAUAGACGCUCUUGAGCGCAACUAUCAGCUCAUCGCCGAUACCUACAGAGAUACCGACUGCAAGAUGCGCGCCCACAUCAAGAACCUGAAGUCGCCAAUGCUGGCGCACAUGCAGAUUCGCGUGGGUGGCACCGUGGGCGGCGUAUGCGCCGCGAAGGUCUCCGAAGCCGAAGCUAUGGUCGAGGGCGGCAUAGACGAUGUUCUGAUUCCUAAUCAGGUUGUCUCGCCUGACAAAAUUGCUCGCCUCUGCAACCUCGCAAAGCGGGCAAAAAUGAUGGUAGCGGCGGACAACUCAGAUAACUUACAGGCCAUUUCUGAUGCCGCCAGCAAGAUGGAUGUCUCUAUCGGCGUAGUCAUCGAAGUUGACACGCAAAUGGAGCGCGCAGGCAUAAGAGCGACUGAACAGGGCGUUGCGCUUGCCAAGGUCGCGGAUUCAUUGCCCGGCGUAGACUUCAGGGGGGUGAUGAGCCACCAGACGCUUGCCGGCCAGCCCGACCGCGAGACCCGCUUUAUCGAGGGUCCUCGCUUCAUUCAGAAGACACUCGAUGUCAAGGACGCAAUCGAAGCUGAAGGCAUCGCCGUGGAAGUUGUCUCAGCAGGGGAGAGCUGGACCUACGACAUCUGCCCGACCAUCCCUGGCGUAACCGAGGUCGAGGGCGGUACCUAUGCCCUGAUGUCGCAUGCCUAUGCAUACAUGGAUGAGUUCGAGUAUGCCGGAAUGAUUUUGGGCACCGUCACCAGCACACCCCGACCCGGCGUUGCCGUCGGCGACACAGGUUCGCGCUGUCUCGCAUCGCCCAGCGGCGUGCUGCCCGAAGUGCUUGGCAUCGAUGGCGUGCGCGUGGACUCGCUUGGCGCGAACCAUAUCGUGCUGAAAUCCGAAGGUGACAUGCCACUGCAACUCGGCGACAAGUUCCAGCUGAUUUCCGGACAGCAGGACAUCAUGGUCAACCGCUGGGAUCAGUUCAUUGGGGUGCGAAACGGCAAGGUAGAAGCUAUCUGGGACAUUACCGCCCGCGGCUGCCACAACUAG